UACUAAUAAAGCAAACACCCAUACAUUUUCUAUAGCUUCAACGCACCGUCCCGAGACAGUUCAUGAUGGUGGACCUGUUCGUCGAUCGGGUCCUGGUGAAGAAUAACAGAGACCAGGAUGAGCUGGACACUGAACAUGAGAUUGCCAUUCGCCUGCAGAACCGCAUCCUGAUGCUUUUCUUUGCUUCUACUGCAUGUGACAGAUGUCGACAGUUUGCACCCAAACUCAGUGACUUCUUCACACGCUUGACAGAUGAGUUCUAUGUGGAUCGCUCUGCUCAGCUGGUCCUCCUGUACAUCAGUUUGGACCAAUCGGAAGAACUUCAGUCGGACUUCCUCAAACAGCUGCCCAAAAAGUGCCUGUUCCUCGCCUAUGAGGACCCCUACAGGAGGGAGCUGGAGGAAAUGUUUAACAUCAAGGAGCUUCCCACAGUAGUGGUCCUACGUCCCAAUUGCUCUGUCCUCACCCCAAACGCAGUAGAUGAGAUCAUCCGCCUCGGUCCGGCCUGCUACCGCAACUGGCAGGAAGCGGCAGAGCUCAUCGACAGGAACUUCAUGAUCACUGAGGACUUUCAAGAGAAGUCCAUAUGUAGCUUCACUGACCCCGUGAGAAGACACAAGUACAAGGUGGAGGACGAGAAGAAAAGGAACAAGAAAAAAAUGCCGGGUGUAGUUGGAGAUCAUGCAAAUGUGGAUGGACAGGGAGGAUGGUCACCAUGGUGAUGAGGACAAUACCAACAAAAUAUUGAGUGAGAAUAUUUCUGAAAAGCUGCCGCUUUUGUCAGAUUUAUGGUCUUUCAGAAGGAUGAUAGAAAAAAUAAACUUUGAGUCUAUCAUUCUACAAUUUAUUGUAGUCAGCCACAGUAUUACCAUCAGAUCAGCUGAUGUCUUUUCGGAGAAAUUGGUCAAGACCAAGUUUGCAUUAUGGACAAUAAUUUCCCUGUAUGCCCUGAUGCAUCAUUAUAAUUGUCGACAAAUGGACACAAAACUGUGUCGCGUGCAGUGUGUAAUUUGAGAUAAAAUUGCAUUGAAUUCUUUCACUGGCGAAAUGGAUUGUUUCCGGUGUAGCGUAAUUAAAAAUAAAGACAUUCUGGCUAUAUUG